AUGGAAAGAGAACAUAGCUUGCCAUUACUGGGUAAAUAUGGAUCAAAUAAGGAUAUUGAUUCUGAUGUUUUUACUAACUUUUCAAAUGAUGAGGAUAUCAAGCCAGAUAUAUCAACCUUAUCAACUUCUCAAGAUGCCAUAUUAGCUAUGGGUGAUAUUAAGCAAGAGGUUUCAACAUAUUCAAUUUUUAAUGAGAUGGAGGCUGAUGUAUCAACAGGUUCAACUUCUGAGGAUGAAGCACCACAUGGUCCAAUCAUGCAGCUAAGUAGUUCACAGAAUUCAAUUAUUUAUCAUGAACACUCUUCUCUUUUGGAACCAGAGUUUAAUAUGAGAUCACUAAAUCUUAAGUUUAUGCACAAACAAUCAAUACAAAAAAAUAAGAAGACUUACAACUGUGAUAUGUGUAAUAGAAAAUUAGCACAUAUGGAUAGCAUUAAAAAACAUGUGAUAAUUCACACAGGAGAGAGACAAGAAUGUGAUGUUUGUCAUAAAAUUUUUUCUCUAAAGUCUAUCUCUCAACAUAAAAAAAUUCAUUCUGGAGAAAAGCCAUAUGAAUGUUCCAUGUGUCCUAAAAAGUUUUCUCUGAAAUUUAGUUUAUUAAAGCAUUUAGCUAGUCAUUCCGAAGUUAAGCAGCAUGAAUGUGAUGUUUGCUGUAAAAGAUUUCUUCACAAAACUGCUUUAAAUAAGCAUAAAAAAGUACAUUCUAAAGAAAAGCCAUAUGAAUGUGAAGUCUGUCAUAAACAAUUUAUUGAAAAACAUCUUUUAUCAAGACAUAGUAGUAUACACUCUUUAGAAAAACCAUACAAAUGUGAUGUUUGUGAUAAAAAAUUUGCUCUGAAAGGUAAAUUAUUGCAGCAUAAGAAAAUUCAUUCUGAACUUCAAGAGCUUGAAUGUGAUGUGUGUCAGAAAACUUUUUUUCACAAGAGUUCUCUAAAUAAGCACAAAAAAAAUCAUACUUUAGAAAAACAACAUGAAUGUGAUAUUUGCCAUAAAAAGUUUGGUCAAAGGUAUAGCUUAUCUAGACAUCAGAAAAUCCACUUGAAGGAAUAAAAUGGUA